CCUCCGCUGAGCGCAGCGCGGCCGAGCCGGCAGGAUGACGGUGGAGUUCGAGGAGUGCAUCAAGGACUCGCCCCGGUUCCGGGCAACCAUCGAUGAGGUGGAAACGGAUGUGGUGGAGAUCGAGGCCAAGCUUGACAAGCUGGUGAAGCUGUGCAGCGGGAUGCUGGAGGCGGGCCGGGUGUACCUCACCACCAACAAACACUUCGUCAGCGGCGUGCGGGACCUGGCGCAGCAGUGCCGCAAGGACCAGAUGAUCUCGGAGUGCCUGGAUAAAUUUGGGGACAGCCUGCAGGAGAUGAUCAAUUAUCACAUGAUCCUGUUUGACCAGGCCCAGAGGUCGGUCCGGCAGCAGCUGCACAAUUUUGUCAAAGACGACGUGAGGAAGUUCAAGGAGACCAAGAAGCAGUUCGACAGGGUGCGGGAGGACAUGGAGAUCUCGCUGGUGAAGAACGCGCAGGCGCCGCGGCACAAACCGCACGAGGUGGAGGAGGCCACGGGCACCCUGAGCAUCGCCAGGAAAUGCUUCAGGCACCUGGCCCUGGACUACGUCCUGCAGAUCAACGUGCUGCAGGCCAAGAAGAAAUUCGAGAUCCUGGACGCGAUGUUGUCCUUCAUGCACGCCCAGUUCACCUUCUUCCAGCAGGGCUCCAGCCUCCUGCACGAGCUCGAGCCCUACAUGAAGAAAUUGGCCACCGAGCUGGACCAGCUGGUCAUCGCCGCGGCCGUGGAGAAGCGCGAGAUGGAGCACAAGCACGCGCUGAUCCAGCAGAGGACCCUGCUGCAGGACUUCUCCUGCGACGAGCCCAAGGUGGAAUUCAACGUGGAUGCUCCCAGCGGGGUGGUGAUGGAAGGUUACCUGUUCAAGAGGGCCAGCAACGCCUUCAAAACGUGGAACAGGAGGUGGUUUUCCAUCCAGAACAGCCAGCUGGUCUACCAGAAGAAGCUAAAGGACGUGCUGACCGUGGUGGUGGAGGACCUGAGGCUCUGCACGGUCAAACCCUGCGAGGACAUCGAGAGGAGGUUCUGCUUCGAGGUCGUCUCCCCCACCAAGAGCUGCAUGCUGCAGGCUGACUCGGAGAAGCUGCGCCAGGCCUGGAUCCAGGCUGUGCAGGCCAGCAUCGCCUCCGCCUACCGCGAGAGCCCUGACUGCUACUACAUCGAGAGGCUGGACAGGACAGCCUCCCCCUCCACCAGCAGCAUCGACUCGGCCACGGAUUCGCGGGAGCGCGGCGGGAAGGGGGAGACGAUCCUGCAGAGGGUGCAGAGCGUCCCUGGGAACGAGCAGUGCUGCGACUGCGGGCAGCCGGACCCUCGCUGGGCCAGCAUCAACCUGGGCAUCCUGCUCUGCAUCGAGUGCUCCGGGAUCCACAGGAGCCUGGGUGUUCACUGCUCCAAGGUCCGAUCCCUCACGCUGGAUUCCUGGGAGCCAGAGCUGCUGAAACUGAUGUGUGAGCUGGGCAACAGCACCAUGAACCAGAUUUACGAGGCGCAGUGUGAGGAGCUGGGGCUGAAGAAGCCAACAGCAGGGAGCUCCAGGCAGGACAAGGAGGCCUGGAUCAAGGUGAAGUACGUGGAGAAGAAGUUCCUGAAGAAGCUGCCGGGCGGGGAGGCGCUGGCCGAGAGCGAGCGCAAACCGCGCCGCUGGUGCGUCAAGAAGUGCCAGAGGCAGCAGAGCGGCUGCAGGGCGCCCGCGGCGCGCAGGAAAUUCCGCCAGGAGCCCGGGAGCGCCUCGCCCGCCACGCUGGCCUCAGCAGCCACCCUGGAGAGGAAAUUCCGCCGGGAUUCUCUGUUCUGCCCCGACGAGCUGGACUCCCUCUUCUCCUACUUCGACACCGGCGCCGGCUCCGGCCCUCGCAGUCUGAGCAGCGACAGCGGCCUGGGAGGGAGCACCGACGGCAGCGGCGACGCGCUCGGCUUCGGCGCCGUGGUGGACAGCGUCACCGAGGAGGAGUGCGAGGUGUCGGAGGACUCGAGCGGGGAGGCCGAGCUGGAGCAGGAGGCGUCGGACGCGGAGGAGGCUCGGGAGCUGCACGCGGGGCUGGCUCUGAGCCGCGCGGCGCGGGGCCGGGCGCUGCCGCUGCUGGCCGCCGCGCUGGCCCACGGCGCCGACGUCAACUGGGCCAACGAGGAGGACGAGGGCAAAACGGCCCUGAUCCAGGCUGUCAGCGGGGGCUCCCUGCUCGCCUGCGAGUUCCUGCUGCAGAACGGGGCCGACGUGAACCAGCGGGACGCGCGGGGCCGGGCGCCGCUGCACCACGCCACCUCCCUGGGCCACACCGGGCAGGUGUGCCUGUUCCUGAAGCGCGGCGCCACCCAGGACGCCCCGGACGGGGACGGGCAGGACCCGCUGAGCAUCGCGGUGAGCGCGGCCAACGCCGACAUCGUCACCCUGCUGCGCCUGGCGCGGAUGAACGAGGAGAUGCGGGAGGCCGAGGGGCCCCUGGGCCAGCCCGGCCAGUACCCGGGCAGCAGCCCCACGGAGCUGCAGUACAGGAAAUGCAUCCAGGAGUUCAUCAGCCUCAACAUCGACGAGAGUUAGGGGCAG